AAAGACGUAAUGAUGUAUAACGCACCUGUUAUCAAAGUAGAGAUGGCGUGUUGGAAACAAAAUUGGUCUGCAACAGAAACCACUUUGUUGCACUUUGUAAAAGAACAGAAAAUAGUUGAAAGAUUAGACGGUUGCAAGUCAAGGAAUAACGAACUGUUCAAGCAGGUGUUCGAAAAACUGCAAGAAGCCGGGAUAAACAGGUCAGUUGAGCAAAUAAAAAACCGCUGGAAAGCCCUGAAGAGUGGAUACUACAAAGCGAAAUCCCAUAACAACAAAAUUGGAGAAUCCCCGGCUAAUUUUCUCUUCUACAAUAUUAUGGACGAGAUAAUGGGAGAAAGACCACUGGUAACUGUCGCUGCUCAUGCCGUAGAUGUCGGCUUCCAGGUGCCGGAAGAGGAUUCGCUUGAUGGGAGUGCUUCUGUCACAGAAGACGCGUCUGGAAAAAAAUCCUCAUCUGGUUAUGCUAAACUCAUGCAGGUUUGGUCAGCUGAACAAAAAUCCUUCUUGGAUAGAAUUGAACAACACCAAGAGAGAAAUCAACAACGUGAUGAGAUGUUACUUUCAAGGUGUGUGGAAGAAAGCACUCGCUCAACUGAAUAUCUGUUAGGGAAGAUAUUUGAUGGUCUCAGGAGUAUUUUUUCUCAACCCUACCAAGCAGCUCCUCCUUUCCAGGGACAGCCUCCAACCUCAAACCCUUUUCUGCAGCCUCAACAGCAAUACAUGGGUCCGUUUUACAAUAGGCCAAUGUACCACUCCCAUAGUAGCCCAGAUGGCAGCGGAAGCUGUAGAUCUGACCAUAGCCUACACGACCUGGGUUAGAUGAGAAAAAAUAUAUAAAAAAACAGUCUGGCUCUUGUUGUGUUAGCCAUUUUGUUUUUGGGUGUUUUUGCAAGUUUUAUUGCCAGUUUUGGCAGGGUUUUUUUUUCAAUUUGAGUUGACACCUGUAACUUUAAUGUUGUAGUUUUGCAAAGAAAGUUGUGUUUGCAGCUUAGGCAAACUUUUUUUGCAUAUGU